GGGAGGGGGGAAGGGGAACCGCGCGGCAGCACCCACGGAGGGCAGAGUCGGGCUGGCUGUCGGGAUUGGGGGGCAGAAGAUCCAGGACAUCCCCGGCCCAGGCCGCCGCGCGCGGGGCGCUCCCCCCUGAGAGCGGGGAGCAGGGGGGUGCCCCGCCGACGCCCCCAGGCCGGCACGCCUGGCUCCCCGGCGCGCCAGCCGCGCGCGCAUUUCUUAAGAGCGCUCCUGCCCGUCGGGCGGGCCGGGAGCCCAAGCCAGUAUGGCCGGUCUGGAGCCGUGGAUUUGGGCGCUGCUGCUGUUGCUGCUCGCGCUGCCGCUGCUGAGCCGAACUGCCAAAUUCUAUUUCAAGAUCGGCUUCUACUGCGUGUUAUGCUUGGUGGGCGCGGCGGUGGCCAGCGUGGUCUGCGUCCUGUGCCAUGGGGGCCGCACCGUGCGCAACAUGAGUAUCAUCAAGAGAUUUGUCCAAACUUUUAAGUACUUUUUUGGGCUUCGGUUUGAGACACGUGGUGAAGAGAAACUGCAUGAUGACAAGCCGUGUGUCAUCAUCUCCAACCAUCAGAGCAUCCUGGAUAUGAUGGGUCUGAUGGAGAUCCUCCCAAGAAACUGCAUUCAGAUUGCCAAGCAGGAGCUGCUUUACACGGGCCCUGUGGGCCUAAUCAUGUACCUUGGGGGUGUCAUCUUCAUCAACAGAAAGCGGACAAGCACAGCCAUGUCAGCGAUGGAGGAGGUGGGAAACACCUUGGUUCAGGAGAAUCUGAAAGUGUGGAUUUAUCCCGAGGGAACACGGAAUGAAAGUUAUAACCUUUUGCCAUUCAAGAAGGGUGCCUUUUAUCUGGCUGUCCAGGCCCAGGUGCCAAUCAUUCCUGUGGUAUAUUCGUCAUUCUCUUCCUUUUACCAUCCAGGGAAGAAAAUCUUCACAUCAGGGAAGAUCAAAAUAGAAGUGCUGGAUCCAAUCAAGACAGAAGGCCUGACAGUGAAUGACAUCCCAAAGUUGCUAGAGACCUGCCAUUCUGUCAUGAAAGAGACAUUUUUCAGACUAUCUGACAAGCUGAAUGAAAAUGGGACCAAUGGCCCAACCUUGCAGCCUGUGCAGUAGCCCUAGGCACCAUCCCUUGCCCUUCUGCCCAGGGUGAGAGAGGAUGAACAGAGGGACCUCCCCUUUCUGUUGCCAGAUGUCACAAUUUCCACCUCCCUGGUGUCUCCCCUGGGCUUUCAUUCUGGUUCACCCUCUCCAGAGGCUCUCUUCUUACCAUCUUCCUUUGGGCAUUCCUUCCUGUGUCAGCCAUGGUUGUGGUUUCUACACUAAUGCCUUCCUCCCCAUUAAUCCACCCUACGAUUGGGCCCUGAGACACCGUCUCUUUUAUCCCACAAGCUGAGCAGUGAAGUCCCGUGCUGUGAGUGACCUUUACUAGGAGAACCAGAUUACCAUCUUCUGGAGUUUGAGGUCUUGUCCAGGUGAAUGAAUGGCUUUUGGGGAGAAUGGGGUGAAGCUCCCUGUCUUUUGGGGGCUGUGUGGUCUGACUCUGGCACUGAAGUCAACAUCAUACCCCUAUCAUCUUUACUUUGCCCACUGGUGUCCAGCUCAGGUAUUAGGAACAAACUUUUCCAGGCUGCCAUUGGCACAGCGAGUAUGAAAAUGCCCAACCUUCUACUUCCUUGUUCUCUGAGCCUUUAAGUGCUCGAGUCCUGGCACUCUGGGGAGAUACAAAACCCCCCUGGAUGGACAGACAGCCUAUGUUGCUGGCAAAGACCCCCUUUGGUGAUGCUUGAAUUCCUAGGGAUCUGAAAUUAGAGGUGGCACAGCCAUGUCUCUGAAUUCCUUGCCCAAUUAUUCUUGGAACUUGGUUGGAUGGUGGUGAAGAGAGAUCUAUUUUAUGUUAGUAUCCUUAGAGCAACAGGCCAGGGCACACAGAGUUCAGAAAGCUCUCCUUCUGUCUAAAGACACCCUGUUUCUUCUUAGACUGUGGUCAAGGAGAGAAGGGAGAGAAUGGACUGAGCAAUGGGUUCCCUGCCCUCCAUGACCCAGGAGAGCUGAGCCUGCCCUCAAACCAUCAGCCUAGUUGUUAGAGACACUAGGUCCUUGGAAGUAGCAGGCCUGGUAGAGAAGCUGGCUCCCUUAGGACUAGGACAAGGAAAAGGAGAAGUUCCCCAUAGCUAGUGGGGUUAUUGGGGGUGGGGGUGGGAUUCAGUGGAUAGCUUGGCAUUCUUCCCAAGCUAACUUUAGUCAGCCAGUCAUAGGAGAUUAACUGAAGAGUACACUGACUUCCCUUGUGCUAAGUCUAGCUUGGUGCCCCAGAGGGAACAAAGUCCAGACCUUUGCCCUUUGCUAGGGCUAUAGUGGCGGCUUCCCCGCCAGACCACCCACAUGGGUCCUGAGGAGCAUGUUCGGGGAGAUGCCCUUGUGCCAAAUGUUUCCUUGAAUCUAGGAUUUCCAGGCAGCCUUUGGGGGUGGUCUUUCAGGCUGAGGGAGGAGGGCAGAGCUGGCACUCUGAGUCUUUGCUGCUCUUGUUUCCCAGAGGUCCUCCAGAGCUCGACAUCCCUCCUCUUUUUGUCAGUGUUUACAAAGAAAGGAAGGAUGGGAGUGACCUGAUCAUCAUGGGAAGAGAAAGUUGGAGCAUCUUGCUCUAAAUAACCUAGAGUUUAAAUCUAAUAGCACUUUUACUGAGGGGGGAGGGCAAAGCCAGAGGAGUUGAGAUGGGGGAGGGUGAAAGAGGAUCUUGGGGUCUCUGCAGCUCUGGGAAAACAGCAAAUGGGGUCCAUGGCUGCCUGCUGGGCUUCUGUUGGAAAAGUGCCUUUACCGAUCAGGUCUGCUUUUGUAAAAAAUGUAUGUUUGAUCUAAAUUGCACAAUUUUUGUUUUUCAUAAAGCAAUUAUUUGAAAAGCUCUUUGAGUGGUAUUCACUUGUGGGCAUUUUUCUGGAAGUCAAAAAGGCUUAGUUUUGGAUUUUCCCACUGCAGCUCUUAGGGUUUUUCUGGGUCCAAGGCACAAGGACAGGUUUGAGGGGGCUCCUGGCUGAGUUUCUACAUCCAGCCCUAACACUUUAGCCUUUUCCAAGGGGACAGUCCCAGAAAGAUGACCCAUCCUGGAGUGGGUGACUUAGAUAAUGCCAAACUGAAAGACUUGGUGGGCCUCUGAUUUCAUUGUUAAAUGGGGAACUCCCUGAGAGGAGACUCUCCACCACUUCAGGUAGCACCUCCUCAGCAACUUAGCAUCUUAGAGGGUUGCCUGGAGCACUGAGAAAUGCAGGGACCUGCCCAGCUUCCCAUGUACAGUAUAUUUCAGAGGUUGGUCCAGACCUUCAUGGUUCUGAGAGUCAGCUCUAUUCACUAAGCCUCAGUGCAGAACUAGCUAGAUCUGGGUUCAUGCUUUGCCUCUGACACACCCUGGCUUUGAGACUGAGCAAGUCAUUAAAUCUCUCAGUGGUCGAGGCAAGUCUCCAACUUUUAAGUUGCAGAGAAGGUGCUGACUUCUAUUGGGAGAGGGAUAUUCUCACCAGGGAGUUCCUUCUCUCUGCCAAUAAAAUCCCAAGUCUAAACCCCAUAUACUGUUGACCUGUGGCAAAAGCUCUUUUUCUGCCCAUCCCCAUCCCCCAGUCAGACCUCAGACAUGGGUGUGCACCACCCUCAUGCUUUUGAUGUUGGCAAAACUCUUUACAUACAGACACCCCACUUUACAGAUGGGGAAACCGAGACUUAGGUUUAAGUAACUUCCCCAGCAAGUGUCAGAAGCAAGAUUCAAAGUCAGUUAUUACUGACCUGAUGCACAGUCCCUCUACAUCACAGAAGAAGACCGAGCCCUGUUUCUCCUGAGACCAGCUGUCCUGAACUCUGCCCACACACACACAGAGCCUCAGUGGUCAGGCCGAACACUCAGCUCAGCUCCUUGGUGUUCCUGUGAUUGGGUCAUUAUCUGGGACGCCCUCCAGAGAGCUUACCAUUCUCUAUUUCCGUGCUGACAGAUGUGACCAGGCUCAUUGUGAGAUUGGCAGUUUCCUUCUGUCCUUUGCCCCACUUUCCACUUUGUGCCCUGCUCUUGUUGCUACCAGGAGAGUAAUGUAGAAAACGCACAAAGGUGCCCAGAAUUUAACGUGCACCCCUCCCAAAGGACUUUGUAUUCUUCAAAAGAUGAACCUUUCAAUUUAGUUACACACACACACACACACACACACACACACACACACACCCUCUGUAUAAGACUAAGCCUUGUGACUCAUCAGCCAAUGAGUAUUUAUUGAGUACCUACUAAGUGCCAGGUGCUGGACUAGGAACUGAGGAUAUAAAAAGGAAAAUUAUGUGGACCCUGCCAUGUCCUAUCUAUAAUAAGCAGUUUUCAUCUGUUGAUAUUAAAAGUUUUCUAUUGGCUGCCUUCAUUAGGGGUUUUUAGCCUAUCAAGUAUAUUGGAUAAUGCCUGUCAUUAAGAUGAUAUUUGUAAAGUGCCUGGCACAUAGUAGGCACUUAAUAUAUGUUUAUUCCCUCCUUUCCUCAUCUGUAUAAUACUUGAAGAUUAAAAACCAUUUUAUAUGUGUUAGGUUAGUUGAUUCUCAUAAAGCCCAGUGAAGUAAGGAGUACUGCUAUUACCUGCACUUAGCCUGGGUGGAAACCGAAGUUCAAACACACGCAAAUAAUAAUUGUUGGAGGAAGGACUCAAGCACCUGUCUUCCCUAAUUCCAAGUCUUAUAUUCUUUUCCAGUAUAUUGGGCUUCCUACUCUCUGGGAGUGAUAAUUAGCAUUAAGUGUAAUUGAUCACUUGGCUAAAUGAACAACAGCUUUGAUGCUCAAACAACCCCGUGAGAAGGACGACAGUCAUCUCUUAAGCAAACCAUGCAUGAGGGGAGCUAAGUAAGAUACCUCUACAGGGGGUCCCUCAGAUCUUCGAGUAGUUUUAAACUAUUAAAGCUUAUUAUUCAACAACAGAAAAAUCUUUGUUAUGUGGGAAGUCACAAGCUUCAUCUGGUUUCUUUCAGUGAUGUAUUUUUACUUUGUGGUUGCAUCCUUAGGAAUGAAAGGCUGCCCCAGUAAACAUCGGGUCUCCAAUAUUUUUUCCUCUUUAUGUGGGUUUUUUUACCCCUCCACAAAUAAACAUUUAUUCAGCACUUACUGUGUACCAGGUGCUGUGGAUAUGAAGAUUAAAAAUAACAUUCUCCUUGC